AUGUACGGGAAAAAGCUGACUUUCGGAAUGAAAGUCGAACCGGCUGCGGUUUUUGGAAAAUUGUCGUCGCACGAUGCCUCCCGGCCUACCCUAUCACGCGCUGUGGCGGGGCUACGAACGACGAAAAAUGAACCGGCAGAGCCCCUGCGUUGGCAUUUAACGAAGCUUACGAAGCGAGGAACCCUUUCGCCAGUAACAGUCGCUGCGUGUGGUCGAGAAUUCUUUCGGAAUGCAGUGGCAGACGCCGAUCCAAGAUGGCAUUUCUACUUCCUUCCCCUUGCCUGGCCGGCCACAGCUCUAGUGCAGUUUUCCGAGAGUGGCGUAGACCUUUCUGGCACUUGGAUGCCUUUGGCGAUAAAAGCAACGAUUGGAUCGGUUAGAACGAGUGCGAGCGGCGACCGACGUUUCUUCAUGUAUCAUCGAAUCAAGGCCGGUGGUUUUCCGCAAGUUUUUGUUGCGCCCGAUUCCGGUGCCUAUUUUAUGGGAGCUGGAGGAAGUAGUGGCGCUUUGAAGCAGCUCGACAAGCGGUCGCACAUUUUCAACGAGUCCGAGAACAUGCCAAUAGUUGACGUCCUCGAUCGAAUGCGUGAACACUGGCUUCAGCCGCACGCGCAGCGGAGCCUAGGCAGCUGGUUCGGAGGUUUUCGUGCAUUGGCGUCGUGUGCGCAAAAGGUUCAGUGCGGCGCAAUAGAGCAGAUGCAGAUGAACGUUUAUGAGCCGCUCGGCUUACAUUUGACAUUCCCGGACACCAACCUGUGGCUUACGUACAAUAGCUACCUCGACAAUCUGAAAAUCGUGCACCGUGUCCCCUCGGUCGACUCUGCUGCACGCUUUGGUGGAAGCCGUUCGCUGAAGCUCUCAAUGUGGGCCGGCAGAGGAAUGGAGCGAUCUUUCACCCGACAGGAACUAAACGAACUUGAUCUGAUCUGCGCAAUGAAUUAUUGCAGCGUGUCGAACCAGUUGUUUGGCUUCUUUUUGUUUCCACGUGCAUACAUUCGUACGUUGUUUACGAAGACGGACUCGCUCACCCAAGCCGAGUGCGAUGAGACGCACAACAGGCGGACCUAUUGGAUACAUUUUCCUGAGAGCGCGCACCGGGCGAGGCUUGAUAAAGUAAAGAAACGACAUGCACGUGAUAUGGAGUUCUACGUUGACCUCCGUGAAGAUUGCGCUUCCAAUGCUCUUUUGAAGGUGAAGAGGAUUCUAGACCAGCACACACAAGAACAUAACAACAGUCACGGACGUGACCGAGAACUUUCGUGA